AGCAGCAGCUUCAUCUCUUCCUUCCCCUUCUCCACUCCAAAUUUGCAAGUCAAAACAUAUCCUAACAUCAGAGUUGUAGACAGAUAGAGAAGAUGAACUCUGAACAUCAUCUCAUUUCUCACUACUAUCCUGACUCCAUUUACACCCACUUUGUACCCCAACACGAGGCGGCGUCAAAGCCAAAGGCGCGGAGGCGGAGGAGGAAGAGCAAAGGGUGCGAGGGGGGCGGGGAGGGAGAUGGGGUGAUGCGGAAGAGGAAGUUGAGUGAGGAGCAGGUGAAGAUGCUGGAGGAGUGCUUCGGGAGCGAGCAGAAGCUCGAGUCGGAGAGGAAGGAGAGGCUGGCCGCGGAGCUCGGGCUUUACCCGCGCCAGGUGGCGGUCUGGUUCCAGAACAGGCGGGCCCGGUGGAAGAGCAACAAGCUCCAGGAGGAGUACUCGAAGCUCAAAUCCAUUCAUGACAACGCUGUUCUUCACAAAUGCCGCCUUGAGACCGAGCUGCUGAAGCUGAAGGAACAACUCCAGGAAGCGGAGAAGGAAAUACAGAGGUUGUCGGAUGGGUUUUCAAGCAAUAGUCCAUGUUCAUCCUUCUCAAUGGAAGCACAACCUUUUCUUGGGGAAUUUGGAAUGGAAGGAUUAGAGAAUGUGUUUUACAAUUCAGAUCAGAACAAUGGAAUGGAGUGGGAUAAUCUCUACUAUAUGUAAUUAGGACUAGUAGUAGCUAAGCAAUUAGAAUUGGGGUUAUAUAUAUUAGACAAUUCAAUAUGUAAAUAUUAUUAACUCUCAUGUAAAUUAAGCCCUAGUUUUAUCCGUUUGCUUUAUGGAUAGGUGUUUCAUUUUCAGUAA